AUGUCGAGCAUUGUAGACAGCUACCUGGCGAAACGCAAGGAGCUCAUCGAAGAGGAUACAUCGCUCCGAGCAGAUCGUGCCAAGCUCAGAAACUUGACGCCGCUCGAAGCAAAGGCAGAAGCCCUUGUGCGCCAGAUACGCAAGCAUGAAGCAGAAGAAGUAUUCUCUUUCACCCUGUUCUUGCACGAAGUCCCUGAUGUUGCUUCGAAUCAGAUCUGGAGCCAGAAGAAUGAGUCCCUAGAGCACCCUUUCCCGGGCAUGGCAUUUUUGACCGCAAAGAAGACAAUCGAGUCGACGCGAAUCUUUAAAAUCAUCAAAAAGAUGCCCAAGGGGGCACUCCUUCAUGCACAUCUCGAGGCGACUGUCGACGCUCGCGUCUUGCUCGACCUUGCUCUCGAACAUCCCAACAUCUGCAUCCGCUCGCCAUGUGCGAUCGAUGCGUCAAAUAUGGAUAACAUCCUACCAGACUUUGCGCCCCUUCCUCUCGCACAGUUGAAGGAAUUGGAGGCUUCACCCAGCAUUACCUCCAGUUAUUAUAAUCCUGGAACUUAUAUCCCCAUCCACAAGGCAAGAAACGAGUGGCCGGCGUCACUUGGGAAUGGCUUCGACGACUGGGUGAUCCGGGCUAUCGUCAUAAACCCGACUGAAGCGUAUGGGACACAUAAUACAACUGUCAAGAUCUGGGACAAAUUCGUGUCGUGUUUCAGUGUCAUUAGGGGACUGGUUGCCUAUGAGCCUGUGUAUCGCAAGUACAUUCGAGCUCUCUUCGAGUCUUGUAUCGAGGAUGGUGUUUCGUAUGCGGAGAUUAGAAUGAACUUUACACCAAAGACGAUUGUAGCUGCUGAUGGCGCUGGAGCUGUUGACCACUCGUACUUUGUGGGCAUCUUCCAAGAUGUCGUCCAGGAAUUCAAAGCAGAUCUUACUGCACAAGGCAAAGGUAACCUCUUCCACGGCGCCAAGCUGAUAUAUACGGUCAUUCGAAUCUUGUCCGUAGAGGAACUCAAAUGGUACUUGGACGACUGUUUAGAGUUGAAGAAGAAGUUUCCGGAUACACUGGCAGCAUUUGAUCUCGUCGGACCCGAAGACAAGAUGAAUCCUCUGAUUUAUUAUCUUGAGCCCUUGUUAGAGUUUAGUCGGACAUGUGAAGAGCAAGGAGUCGACCUACCCUUCCUCUUCCAUGCAGGAGAAACUCUUGGGGAUGGGGAUAGCGUCGACCAGAACCUGUACGAUGCAAUACUUCUCGGGACAAAGCGCAUUGGUCAUGCCUUCUCCCUGGUCAAACACCCAGCUCUGAUGCGACUUUGUCGAGAACGAAAUAUUUGCUGCGAAGUCUGCCCUGUUAGCAACGAGAUCUUGCGCUUGACAUCAUCCAUGCCGGCACAUCCACUCGCCGCAAUGCUUAAUCACGGUGUACCAGUUGCUUUGGCAAGCGAUGAUCCCGGUAUCUUUUCGAACAUUGGCAUAUCCUACGACUUCUUCCAGGUUCUAGUCGCUAGCGAAAUAUCUGGUUUGAUGACUCUAGGCGUGUUGGCUCGCCAAUCCAUCGAGCAUGCUCUUCUUGGUGCAGAGUCCAAAGCGGAACUUCUUAAAGUAUGGGAUUGUCAAUGGACGGAGUACAUAGAGGAGAUUCUGGCAGAACAUACAAAAUAA